CCAUGUGAGCACAAAAUGUAAAAAUAUAUUUUAGUAAUCCAAUUCUCUUUAAAGAGUUAACACUUCAAGGGUCAACAAUUUUGCACAACUUCUUCACCUAAUGAUUCAAUUUAUCUGCUUUAAAGAUGCAUUUAUGAAAAGAACAGACUUUGCUUUAGUAACGACAUAUAACAAAGAGCUUUGGUAUUUACUAUUUUUUUUCUAUUGAACCAAAUUCCAAAAUAGUAAGGUGAACUACUGUGUAAUCAAGCAGAACUAUUGACUACACGUUAAACUGGAACUAGGAAGUUAAAAACAUAAUGGCCAAAAUGUCUGGCAGUUUUAGCAUCGAAAAAGCUGAUGAUAUAUUCGACCUCCCCGACAUGAAGACCGGAAUGGAUUUCUUAAAGCAAUGGGGAAUAUCAACAAAAGGUGUGAAAAAUACGAAAGGAGCAAUAGAACUCCUUCUUGAAAAUUGCAAAUUUAGAGAAGAUGUUGUACGAGAGACGAUAGAAAUGGUCACAAGUGGACUUAAAGAAGCUAUAGUCGAGAGUAAGAGGAACAGGGAUGGACUUAUCAAGAGUUUUGAGGAGAUGCUCAGUAUAUACAGACAGCUACCCACCAACCAUCAAGCUAGUCUUAACAAAGUAUUUCCUACAUUAGAAGACACAACAAAUCAGAAAAUAAAGGAACUUAGAUCAAAUGAAUGUGCAGUUCUCGUAGCAGGAGAAUCGGUUGCUGGCAAAAGUAGUUUUAUAAACUUGCUGGUUGGUGUAGAUUUAUUGCCUACAAGUCAGCUAUCAUGUUCUGCAACUUUUUGUGAGCUACGCUACAGCACUAAAAAAUAUGCUGUGUGUUGCACAAAAGAGGGAAAGAAGACAAAAAUAGACAUUAGUGCGUCUGAGGGAAUGGAGGAAUUAAAACAACAUAUAUCCUACAUCACUGAAGACGUAGAUGACAAUGAAAAUGAGAAAGUCGAAAUCUAUUGGCCAUUCGAUAUUUUAGAAGAUGGUAUUGUGAUCAUUGACACGCCUGGAAUUGGAACCAGCAAAGACAUGACUGAGAGAAUACAACAGUACUUAGAAAAUGCAUUUGGUUGUAUCUAUGUCAUCAACAGCGCAUAUGCAGGGGGCGUACAAAAAGGAAGGAUAAUGGAUUUUCUCAGAACAGUGAUGAAUUUAUCAGAGGAACAAUUUAAUCCACAGACCACAAUGUUUGUAUGUAAUAAAUGGGAACAAGUUCCUACCCAUGACAAAGAUGAAGUGAUGAAAAGUAAUAAUUACAAAUUACGACAAUGCUUUCCAGAUUUCAGAACAGAUCAAGUGUAUUACUUAUCUACUGAUAGAGCAAAACAAGCUCUUCCUCAUGGAUUAAUUCUUCAGGACCACAAAUCCAUCUUGAGGGGCAUUAAUAAAUUACUGCCAGCUAGUCUGGAAAAUAAACAUGAAGCGUAUUACAGAUGGCUUUCAACAGUUCUGAAAAGAACACAGUUCAUACUUAAAGUUUCAAAAUACACACGGAGAGAAAAUAUUGAGAAUUUGAAAGUUCAAAUUCAAAAUAUUGAAAAACAAAUGUACAAUCUCCAACAGAAUGCAAAAACAAGCAUACGAAAACUGCAAGAAGAAGUUCAAAACGAGGCUGACGGGCUACAUUAUAAAGUUAUACAUCUUCUUUCAUCACAAGACUUCCUGCCAAAGAUUACACAGUGGGAACCAUCCCAAUGUCCACCAGCGGAUAAAAAAUGGAAGAAAGUGUCAGGUUCUGCCAGUGAAGUGAUUGCUCAGAGACUUACACAGGAAAUAAACAACUGGGAAAGACGUAAUGGUAUCAAAGCAAGCAUCAAAGAUAAAAUAAUCGGUCGAUUCAAAAGAGAUUUUGAAUUAAUGGAAGACCAAAUAAAUGAUAUAGAAGGUAUGUUUCUUGGAGACGAAACACGAAUCCUUGCAGAUUUACAGAAAACAAUAAAAGUUCCAAGGAAUAAGAAAGAUAAGAUGAAAGGUAAAGGGGAUAAACAAAACAUGGUUGGAAUUGGAGGAGCGGUGGCAGUCCUUGGAACACUAGGCAAAGAAUCCAAAGACGUUUUAAAGAAAUACAAAAGAGAUAAUUGUCAUUUGAAAAUGACAGAAGUUACUAAUGUAUACAUUCAAAAUAUUUUGAAAAGUAAAGAACUUAAAGACAACUUAUCCAGAUUUGUACAGCGGUACGCAAAAGGAAUAGACAAAAUUGCAGAACUUAUCCCAGAUUUUCUGGAGGCAGACAGACAGAUGCUUGCUUCUUUGAAAGUAGAAGCCGAGCAAACAAAAGCAGAUAAUAGUCCGGCUUGUUUACAGUCAUGUAUUAGCUUGCAGAGUGGUUUAGAUUUGUUCUAUGUUGACUCUAUGAUGCACGUGGACUACCAAUUAUCUGAUAUAAAUUGUAAUUGGGACGAUAAACUAGGUCAAGGGUCAUUUGCUGAGGUAUUCUUUGGAGUGCUGAAAUCAAAUGAUGGAAGCAAACAUGAUGUUGCCUUAAAAAGAAGCAGAGACAUUAUUGACAAAAAAUCAGUCACAGAUAUUCUCCUGGAAGAUAGGACAAUGAGAGUUGCUAAGCAUGAAAACUUUAUAGCAUAUCAUGGGAAUGCUCUGCAAAGAAUGAAAGGAGGGAAGACAUACUGGGUGAUGAUAAUGGAAUAUUGUGCUGGUAGUUUAAAAGAUGUUUUUGUGGACAAUCACUCCCAAUACAAAAUAGAAAAUCCGGCCAAUUGCAGAACCAUUUCAGAGAAAGAAUCUGCGUUUAAAGAAAUGUCAGUAUUUGGUGUACAACUGUGCCAAGGACUGGACUACUUACACAGCAAGAAACUGGUUCAUCGAGAUCUUAAGCUAGAAAAUGUGUUGUUUACUCAAAAGAAGAUAGUAAAGCUCACAGAUGUUGGUUUGACAAAACCAGAGAUUGACAUAUCUGGUACUAUGACUGGAUCCCCUGUCUACAUGGCACCGGAAGUAUUGAUCCCGAAAGGUGUAUACAACAAAUCUGCUGACGUAUACAGUCUUGGUAUAAUGAUUUGGGAAAUGUGGUAUGGAAUUGACGCAGCCGAUCACAUCGGACCCAGGAUUAUGAAAACAAUCGAAGUAGAUGUCACGAGAGCAGAAGACCCAUUACGUCCAUUGAUGAAUAUUCAUCAGAAACCUGAUGGUGAAUGGAUCAAGUUAAUCGAACGUUGUUGGAGUCCCGAUCCAAGCAAACGACCGUCGGCGGCAGAUGUGUUGAAAUUUUUCAAAAAUGUUUGAGAAUACUAACAUUCUUUCAAAAUUCACCUUAUUUUCUAGAACUCACACAGAGGUAUUUCCCUCGGGCAUUUCAAACGCAAAUGCAAUAAAUUGUUUUUAUUACUAAUCUUAUUUAACAUGAGACUUUGUAUUGCCAGAAAAGUAUGAUUGUUGAAAAUCAAAGAUAUUAUUUAAAAAAUAUUUAUUUAUCUAAA